AUGGCUUAUCCCAUUCAGUGGCUCGACGCCACCUUCAGAUCUCGCGCAAAGACAGAACAGCUCCUCAGACCUGACUUAGAGUCUGGCCUUAUCACGGAGCAUGAUUACCAUCUCGCCUCUGCUUUCCUCCCAGCUUCGCAUCGUUACUGGCCUUACUAUUACUCCAUCCUUACCGGUGGCACAGCUGCUGGCUACACCAGAUUCUACAGAAAGCCCCCCAUGUCGAUAAAUCGCAGCGUGAUCAUCAGCACCGUAGCUGCCUUCCUUGGCUCCGUGUACGGCCAGUUUCGACGCGCCAAGGCUCACUGGAACUUCACCAAAGCACUAGAUGAUCCUGCCGCCUUCAGUCAAGCCUUGCAGAACGUGAACCAGAGGACGGGAGGAACCACUCCCCUUACAUGGACGCUUCAGCGAGCAAAGGAAGUUCCCCAGAGGGAGGACGUCCAUGGCAAUAAUACAUCGCAGAACCCUGAUGCUUGGGCUCCUGAUGCGGACCAGGGUGCUUCUGCCGUCACAGUUGCGUCAGGGAGCAUCCUCAAACCAACGCAGCAACCAGCAUCGGAAAGCACGUCAAAAUCUCACAGUCGAUGGGAGGACAUACGCACCGCCAAUGCUCGCAACGCCGCGCAAUCAUCCUCCUGGGACGUUCUGCGACAAAGCCAUGAGCGCGAACAGAUCCCAAGCGACAACCAGCCGGAAACUCCAUAUGCCGAUAGCAGUCGGGCGCAGGAGCAGGCGCGGUUUGACGCAAUGUUAGAAGCGGAAAGGAAAUUGUCCGGCCAGUAA